AUGGCAACACAGGCCGCUGCCCACUGGGUUGCUUCGCUCUCCUACAGCUCACUGCCCCCCGGCGUCGUCCGGGCGGCCGUGCGAUCGUUCUACAACUGGGUGGGCUGCGCUGUCGGCGGCAGCAACCACGCAGCCGCGCUCAUCGCCCGCAAGUCCCUAUCUCGCUUCUUCGGCGCUCCCACGUCGACGCUGCUGGGCUCGCAGGGCGUCCGGGUCGAUGCGCAACACGCCGCGCUGCUCAAUGGCAUUGCUUCCCAUGUCCACGAUUACGACGACACGCACCUCGAGACUAUCAUCCACCCGACUGGCCCUGUGGCGGCCGCACUGCUGAGCUUUGCGCAGUCGCUCGAUAGGCCUGUGUCUGGGGAAGAAUUCAUUACGGCACUGGCGGCUGGCAUCGAGAUCGAGUGUAAGGUUGGCCUUGCGGUAUGGCCGAGCCACUAUGAUGUGGGAUGGCACAUCACAAGCACGACAGGCUCCAUUGGAGCCGCAGUCGCAGUAUCGAAGCUACUGAAUCUCUCUCCGGAGAAGAUCGCCCACGCCAUUGGCAUUGCGGCCACACAAGUGACAGGCCUCCGGGAGAUGUUCGGUUCACACACCAAGUCGUUCCAUCCGGGGCGUGCCGCGCAGAACGGCCUUCUUGCUGCCGUCCUGGCUGCGGAUGGCUACACCAGCUCUCUGCAGGCGCUGGAGGCGAAACGCGGAUGGGUCCAGGUAGUCAGCGAUGACGACAAGUUGCAAGCGGAGAUCCAGAGCCUGGGAGACAGGAAGAAGCCGUGGGAGAUUGAGAAGAACGCGUUUAAGCCAUUCCCAUGCGGGAUUGUUGUUCACCCCGUCAUUGAUGGCUGUGCGUGGCUGCACGGUGAGCUCCGACGACGGGGUCUCGAUCCGCAGGGCAUCAAGAGCAUACAGGUGUCAGUGCACCCGCUCGUGUUGGAGCUGACAGGCAAGACGAAACCGGGCGAUGGACUGGAAGCAAAGUUCAGCGUCUACCACGGUGGCGCGGUGGGGAUACUCUACGGAAAGGCGACGCCUGCUCAGUAUGAAGAUGAGGUGGUGCUCAACCCGCAGGUCAUCAGCCUCCGGGAGAAGAUUCAUGCGACGGUGGAUGACCGUCUACGGGCAGACGAAUGCCACAUUGUGGCAGAUUUCGGCAAUAAUAAUGAGACUACUACUGGCCGGAUUGAAAAGCAUGUUGACCACGCUGUGGGCAGUCUCGAGGUGCCGAUGUCGGACGCCCAGCUUACGGAGAAAUUCCUGGACCAAUGCGAGCCAGUCCUGGGCUCGGAGCAAGCGAAGAAGGCCAGUGAGUGGUGCUGGGAAUUGGAGAAGAUUGGGGAUAUCAGGCAGAUUGGAGAAGUCGUAUAG